CCUCCAGGCUCCAUAUAUAUGCUAGCUAUGGCCAGGCUUUCUUCUUUUUUCAGCCAUUCUCUUUGCUUCCACAUGAUCUUGGUUUUUCUUCUUCUUCUUCUACAAGUUUGCCCGGAACUUGCAGUCUCUCGCUCAACGGUUAAGUAUCUUCCCGGCUUCCGGGGAACUCUUCCAUUUGAGCUUGAAACUGGGUAUGUGGCAGUGGGUGAUUCGGAGGAUGUACAACUCUUCUACUACUUUGUCAAGUCGGAGAGGAGUCCUAAAGAUGAUCCUCUCCUGCUAUGGCUAAUCGGUGGCCCCGGUUGCUCUGCUUGGACCGGCGUUGCCUAUGAAAUAGGUCCACUGAAUUUUAAGAUGGAGGAGUACAAUGGAAGCCUGCCCGAAUUGGUGUUAAAUCCACAUUCUUGGACAAAGGAAUGUAGCAUAAUAUUUGUGGACUCGCCCGUCGGCACUGGAUUUUCUUAUGGAAGAACCCCCACUGCUUCUCAGUCGAGUGACUCGAAACAAGUAGACCAUCUCCACCAAUUCCUCGUUAAGUGGCUGAUUGAUCACUCAGAAUUUGUCUCGAACGCAUUCUAUGUCGGUGGCCAUUCCUUCACUGGCAUUACUAUUCCGAUCCUCGUUCAACGAAUCUCAAGUGGAAAUGAAGAAGGUGUUCGCCCAUUGAUAAACCUCCAGGGAUACAUUCUAGGAAACCCUAUGACUGAUCCAAUUUUAGAUGGCAAUUCAGUAAUUCCUAGUGCUUAUGGACUGGGAUUCAUUUCUGAUGAACUCUACGAGUCUUUGAAGACAACCUGCGGAGGAGAGUAUGUAAUUAUAAGUCCGAGAAAUGCAGAGUGUUUGAACUAUGUUCAAGCUUUCUAUGAGUGCCUUUCAGGAAUUAAUUUUGUACAUGUUUUGGAAUCUUCAUGUGCUUUUGCUUCUCCUAAGCCACAAGUUACAUUUGAUCGAAGAAGAUCUCUUUACCAAAAUCUUCAAGUGUUCCUCGAUCCCGACCCAUCACUUCCUCCAUUUGGCUGCCUUACUUAUGGAUAUUUGCUUUCUCGUUAUUGGGCUAACGAUGAUGGCGUCCGCAAAGCCCUUCACACAAGAAAGGGAAGCAUAGGGGAAUGGGAGCGUUGCAAAUUUGGAUUACGAUAUACACAUGAUGUUCAAAGCACUUUUGAGUAUCACGUUAAGCUUAGUACUGAAGGCUACCGAUCUUUAAUAUACAGUGGUGAUCAUGACUUAGAAGUACCAUCUCUGGGGACUCAAGCAUGGAUAAGAUAUUUAAACCAUUCCAUUGUCGAUGAUUGGAGGUCCUGGAUCGUCCAAGGCCAAGUUGCAGGUUACACAAGGACAUAUUCCAACCGGAUGACAUUUGCGACUGUUAAGGGUGGGGGGCACACAGCACCUGAGUACAGGCCUGAAGAAUGUUUCAUUAUGUUCAAAAGGUGGAUAUCACACGAAGCUUUGUGAUCAUCUCCAGCUGCACAGCCCUGAAUGCCAUUUCCAAAAAUAAUAAAUAAAAAAAUAAAAAUAGCUGCUUGGUAUGUACGGCUUGGCUCUUCGCUGAUCACUCUUUUAAUUGUUCACUUGUUUCUUUAAUUUGGUUGUU